UAAAAUUUUUUCAUUUCUGUCAUCAAGAGUUUGCGCUUAAUUGUCCUCUUUAACGAAGAAGGUGACGUCUCCUAAAAGACAAUUAUUACGCAGUAAGAAAAUGUUCAGAGACAUGAAUCUAGUGGCUUAUUGUUGAUCGAGAGAACACGUAGACUUUUUUUCCGAGAAACAUGGUGUUCAACAGUGUAUUUUGUAAUUGUUAUUUGUUGAUAAACAUAACCUCCAAGUAAUUCAAAACAUGAAAGUCAAAGUUGAUAGUUUUGAGGACUCAAUGAAUUGAUUGAGAAAGCAGCUCUAGCUAGGGCUAGAUAAUAGCCCAGGCAGAGAGCACAUAAUGUCAAAUGCAAAUCAAGAAGUUACAUCAGUGGUUGCCUCAGCUCCAGACAAGCCAGGCAUCUUCAACACACCGCUGACUUCAUUUGCUGAAAUGUGGUACCAAAUAUUUCUAUGGGCACUAUUCUCAUCAAUUUUCGUCCAUACUAUUGCUGCCGCUAUUUGCUUCGCCACCCUCCGCAAACACAAAUACGGGAAAUUUUUUCCCGUAUUGAUCCUGGUGAUGGGGGUCUUGAUGCCUCUGACUUCUGGAGUAGUUAGUUCAGCCGCGAUUGCUUUUGUCUAUGGUUCGGCUGAAUACCAAAUGACAUCCCUUUAUGCCUUGUUAUGGGGUGUCGGGCAAACCGUACUCGCAGCUUGUGUUGGUUUUACCAGGAUUCUCGCAACUCUCUAAGCACUGUCAAUGUUAAAUGCACAUGAGCUCUGUUUUGUUUUUCGCACUGUGCUAGCUGGUCUGGCAUUGAUGAGAAAAUUUAAUUUAACGAUUGUAAAUAUGUAGGAAAAACAUUUCAGCUCACUGACCUCUUUUAUUAUAUUGUAAAUAAUUCGCAAUUCUGUGUGGCUCUUAUUGAGAAUGCAAGACACUUAGUUUCCCUCUUUCCAUCUGUAUCUAUUUCAUCGUUUCAAACUUGACUUUUUGAAAAAGACAUAUUUGACUGAAUACAUUGUAAAACAUAUUUUCCACGGCAAAUUUAUGUAGCUUUAUGCGUAAAUAAAAAGCACUGUAUACAGUAGUUCAGCAAUAGAAGAAUAUUAUGCUAAUUUGCUUGUAUCUAGUUGCAGCGAAAUAUUUUUGUAUGCUCUCACACCUUAGGUCGCUCUAGCUUGUAUGUAAAUAUAAACUCUUAUAUGUAUAUUCAGAAAAACAGGAAACAUUUUAAUUUAGAUCGUGUCAUGAGAAGAAAUAUCGAUGUGUAUAAUUCAUAUUUUACAACUAUAUAAAUGACAAUUGUAAUUAUUUGUACAUAAGCAUAAGUUGCAGAAUCCGAGCUAUUGAUCAAUCUGCUUCUACCUUGGAGGCUUGAAACCUAUGGCAAAUUUUUACACUUUUAAACGAAAUUUAGAAAAAUAGGAAAGACAAUUCGAAAAGAUCUGCGAAUGAAUUUUGUUGCGAACGAUCUUCAGCAAAUAUAAGACUAAAUAAAAGACUACAAUUGAUAAUAAAGG